AAACUCAUUCAUUUUUACUAAACACACACAUACACACUCCACCGAACUUGAUUUUGUCAAACGAAACAUUGACAUCAACCUCUUCGUCUACUGCUAUUGAAGGCGUCAAGUCGUAUUUUUUUGCAUCUCAAAACGUUUCGUGCCCUAAACGGUCUUAAAUAAUGCGUUACGUUGCUGCAUACUUGUUAGCUGUCCUUGGUGGCAAGGAAUCUCCAGCUGCCGGUGAUAUCGAAAAGAUUCUCAGCUCUGUCGGAAUUGAAGUUGAUUCAGCCCGUCUUUCGCAAGUCGUUGCUCAGCUCAAAGGCAAGAGUAUCGACGAACUCAUCAAGGAAGGUCGCGAGAAAUUGUCCGCCAUGCCAGUCGGAGGUGGUGCUGUUGCUGCAACCGCUGCUGCACCAGUUGCUGCCGCUGAGGAAAAGAAGGCCGACAAAAAAGAAGAAAAGAAGGAGGAAUCUGAAUCGGAAGACGACGACAUGGGUUUCGGUCUAUUCGAAUAAACAUUUUAUCGAGAGAGACAGUAUGCACAGUACUGACUGCAAAAAAUUCCACCUUGACGGUGGUCAGUAUUGUUUCCAAAUAUUUUUUUUACUAAAAUUAUUUCUAUGAAGUAAUUUACGAAUAAAAUGUUGACGUGACUGCAAAAA